UGAAUAAAGAUCGAGUUUUGUAUAAAAGGGGGUUUGAUUUAAAGUAGUACCAGAGAUUUCAUUUCUGCAAAGCCGAAAACAAGAAUGGAAGUAAAAAAGAUGUUAAAAGUUGUGCUGUUCAUAACUUUUGGUCUGCCUUCCGUACUCGGAUCUGUUCAAGAAAUGCCCAUACCAGUGGAAAUGGAGGAGUGCCUCUUGUACAAAUCCCGGAAUGUAAGCGUAGCCGAUGUUCCCGGAAAGCUGAUAGAGGACUUCUGUCUCCAGAAUUAUGCCCUCAAUCACUACGACGAAAAUGCACAAAGAAAUAUUAGUGUUGAAGGAAUUAACUAUUUGGAAUCUCUCUUCCGACAAAUAAAUGCUGAAACCAGAAUGACAAGAAAGAAACGACAAGCGCGACCAACUUGGCGCAUAAGGAGUGAAAUUCGGACAUUGUCGACUGCGCAGCGCAACCGCAUAUUUGGUUGUUUAAAUAGAUUGAAAAGAGACUAUUCUAUUGAUCCAUCUAUCAACACGUACGACUUAAUUGGCUCCCUACAUUCUGCGCAAGCGACCAGAUUCAUGCACAACGGACCAGGUUUUCUUGGACGACACGCGGUUUAUCUUCUGGUGAUGGAAACUGCAUGCCGGACACCCAUUCCAUACUGGGACUUCACGAUGGACGGCGAGAUGAGCGAUCCCACCAGUUCCGCUGUUUGGUCCAACGCUUUCUUCGGGAAUGGAAACGGAGCAGUAAGAACAGGUUUUUGCGGCAACUGGGUGACACCCCAAAAUACCCCUAUCAUAAGGAAUCUUGGAGCAGGAGGAGUUCGAAUACCAGGCAAGCAAGCACUAAGAGCUCUUCUGAGUAGAACUAGAACCAGCGAGAUCACAGAGCCACAACCAGCUAUGAGUGUGUUCUCCAUAGAGGUACAUCACAAUGCUGUUCACAAUAGCAUUGGAGGUCUUUUUUCAGGCCUUGACACAGCUCCAUUUGAUCCAGUUUUCUGGUUUGUACAUUCUAUGUUCAAUUACAUUUGGUUCUUGUUCAAAACCAACCAGAGAGCAAGAGGAAUUGACCCACAACGAGACUAUCCACGAGGUCCUAAUGUUCCACAAGGUCACGAGUUUUUCCAACGAUUGAACUUUAGACCAUUCUUCCGUCCGAUGACAAAUCUUGAAACGUUCUCUAAUAGAUUUGAUAGAAUUGUCAGACACACACCCUUGCCUACUUGUCCACAGUGUGGAGGAAGCCCUUUUUUGGUAUGCCUUCGCGGAAUCUGUGUAGCGAGAUCUAGAGGUCCCGGUACAGCUGUCGGUGUUGUUCCAGGGCUUGUAAGACCUGGCGUUGUAGCACGUAGAGUUGUCAUACCUCGAGCACCCAUUCUGAUAAGAGGAAAACGUAGCAUAUAUACAAAUAAAAAUAUUAAUGUAAAAAGAUCAGCCUUAAUUCAAAGCCAUGACGAAGCCAUUUCAACACUAGACCAAUCAUAUAGAAACACGUUUAUUGUGAAUGGUCAUUACGCUCCUAAAGACUGGGUAUAUUUGAAUGUUCGUCUGCUAUAUGAACGUCCAAGGAAUGUUUACUUUAAUACAACUGAGGUAGGAGAGGUCAAUCAUCAGCAUGAUCCAUCAAGCUUUCAUGAUUAUGGAGAAAAAAUUGGAAUCAAAGAUCGUGUUUUUUAUAAGCAGAAAUGUGAACCUGCAGGAUCAGGAGCUACAAAAGUCUUUGUUGAAUCUAAUGGGCUUAAUUAUCACGGUAAAUAUAAAGAAUUCUCUAUUCUAGACGAACGACAGGCUGUUUCUUCAGCUAUCAUCCAAGUGGCUGUACGGAAACCUUCGGUAAAUCACACAGAGUCGUUGUUAUCUGCUUAUGACAGUUGUGGCCGAGUUUGCAGACCCGCCUGUCCAAUAUCGAAAAGUUCCUCAACGUUAUACAAGGCCUGUAGUGGUACCUUCAAAAUAACUAAUGAAUAUCCACUGAUAUUUAGUUAUUCCUAUGAAGCCGCGAUCAGUUCACUUUGGCACCUCAGUUUAGAUGGUAAAGGCCCAUUAUUUAGAAACACAAUUUCACCAGUUACUUUCAUAUGUGACCAUCAGAACACUUGGCCUUGGUCCCGCAAGUAAAAAAUUAAAGUGAGAGGUGUAAGAAUCUAGUCAACAAAUAUAAUUUGUUGUAAAUAUUCCACUUGGGAGAAAUAUUACGUCAUCAUUGUUCUAUUUAUUUCGACUUUUGUCUUGAAAAGA